UGCUGUUAUUGAUAAACAAUUCUUCCCUUUUCCAAUGGAGUUUUGUUUAAGUUCUCCUAUAUAUUUUUUAAAAUUACAAUACAAUUAAUAUGAGAAACAGGCUGAUUGUGCCCCGAAAUGUCAGCAUUUCAUUUUCCAAUGCCAAGCUGGAGAGGAUCCAAAGGAGGAUGAGCGACUGAUGAACUUGUAAAUAUGGUUCACCCUCAUCCCCCCCCUUUUCCCUUCUUGGGUGCUUCAUGUAAGCACUCAGUCUCCAAGCAUGCAUCUCAGUGUGAUCUCAGGACCAUCCAUAGGGAACACCCUCAGAAAGAGAACAUCAGUGAUGGAGUCAGCACCUGAAGAUGGACCUGUUGUGCGUGUGACCAGCGAGAGACUUGCUGCCAUUGAGGAUGAAGAGGUUCUUAACAAGAUGAUGGACAAUGCUGCUGAUUUUGAAGAGCGCCGACUCAUCCGUGCUGCGUUGAGGGACCUGCUCAAGAAAAAGAGGGACAAACGUGAGCAGGAGCGAGUAUCCCGGCAGCAGGACUUGAGACAGCAGCAGGGCCUGAGCAAAAGAGGCGAAGGAAGAGGAGGAGUUGCUGGCAUAGGAAGAGCGGCCAUGAACCAGAAGCCUACAACACAAGGCCAACCUGCCGCCUCUGUGACAGCAGGAGGCAAGGCAGGUCCUACUCAAGCCACCAGCCAGAAAUGUCUCCCUUCUGCAGUCCCCAAUGCUAAAAAUGUCAAACAGAUGCUUCUGGACUGGUGCAGAGCCAAAACAGAACCAUAUGAGGGGGUGGACAUCCAGAAUUUCUCUUCCAGCUGGAAAGACGGCAUAGCGUUCUGCGCCUUGGUGCACCGCUUCUUCCCCGACGCCUUCGAGUACUCCGUCCUGAACCCUCACAAGCCCAGAGAUAACUUUCAGCUGGCGUUCAGCACAGCGGAGAAACUAGCAGGCUGCCCCCCUCUGCUGGACCCUGAAGACUUAGUUCGGAUGAAGGAGCCGGACUGGAAGUGCGUGUACACGUACAUUCAGGAAUUCUACCGCUGCCUGGUUGAAAAAGGCCUGGUUAAAACCAAAAAGCGUGCAUAGGCUCUCCGGAUGCCAAAUAUCAACCGGCAUGAUUAUACAUCAUCUAUGCAUUUGCAUUACUUAGGUGAGGAUGAGGACAACAUAUUUACACUCUUUGUAUGCCAUAAUGGAAAAUACAGCACACUUUCUGUCGCAGAUGCAGUAUAUGAAGGUACUAUAAAGAAAGAAAGCUUCACGCAUAAAGUAGAUGACUAUCUUGGUUGGCUUGUUAAUGUGUUAUUCAAAUGAAGAUGGGAUCAUGCCCUAAUCAGCAUCAUUAACCCAGAGACACUAUCAGAAUAACUAGAGAAGCUGCAUGUGUGUCAUUUGGCCACUAGAUGGCAGCUAGUAACAGUAAGUACACUAUAACGUCAUCCAAUACAAGAGAGAAAAAUUAUUACUAUUUUUAUUAUUAUGGCUGUAGCUUGUGGCUUUUUAAUGAAUAUUUUGGGUCCCUCAUUUAGAUGAGUGGGACAAAAUAUUAGCGUGUAUAUAUAUAUAUAUCACUUGUGUUAUAUGCAGUUGUUCAGAGUGGAAUAAAGUGAAA